UAUGUCUACCUGUUAACAUCGCCGCGAUCGCGCAGGUUCUCCGGACUUCUUUUCAUUUUCGUGUCCUCUUCGCGCGAUAUUUCGCUGUUUUGUCGCCGUGUGCCGUGUCUGUCGCGAUCGUAUCGGGUCGGAUCGUGUCCAUUCAACUCUGGCCGGACAAGAGAGAAAGGUGUGUUUUGUGAGUGCGUGUGUCCAACGCAAGGACGAAAGGAAAAAGAUAUUACGGUGCCAAAGUGAAGCAAAGUGUGAUCGAUGAUCGUGGUUCGAAUCUGAGCAACGGCUCGCGCAACCAAGAUUUUUCAUAACUUUGGGGUUUAAUUGACUCCGUGGCGGCUGACGACAUUCCCACCAUCUUAACCUAGACCAAUAAGAAAAAAAAGAAGAAAAACAAGUCAGAAAAAGGCAGUUUUUCGUUCUUAUUUCCCGGAAGAAAGGACCACGUCACGGUGGGAAAAAUAAUCAAAAAAAAAUAGCAGUGAAGAGAGAAGACGGAAAAAAAGUUUCUUAAGUCAUCAAUUAGGGGAGAGUGGCCAAAGCAGAGCAAAAUACCCGGUCAAAAGAUGGUAACGGUAAGCGGUAUCAGGAGCAGACGUAGCAGCAAUGAUAAGAGCACACUGGGCUGGGACCUUUCGGGAGUUACGGGGAUGGCGGUGGUCAUCCUGGUUUGCGGCUUGGUCGGGGAAAGUGUGCAAACUUGCCUUAAUGGAGGAGUCCUGUUGAAAUCCGGACUGGACCCGUCCGAUAAGUAUGAAAUACUGGAGGAGCACAACAAAUUACGCCAGGCCGUGGCACAGGGGCUCAUACCUGGACAACCGGGCGCCGAGAACAUGCUCGAGAUGAGCUGGGACAACGAGCUUGCCAGGAAGGCACAAGAGUGGGCCGACCAGUGUAUAUUCAAACAUGAUCCCAAAAAGCGAUUAGCCCGAUUCACGAUGGGGCAAAACCUGGCGCUGAUAUGGAGCAGUGCCACCCUGGAAGACGAUAGGGACAGUGACUUUGCCGGGAGGAUACGGAAGUGGUUCGACGAGGUGAAGAAGUACUCGUACGGGGCGAAAUUUUCGCUGGCUACCGGACAUUACAUGCAGCUCGUGUGGGCCGACACAUUCCUAAUUGGCUGUGGCUAUUCGUACUACUACUUGGGCAAUAAGUACAGCAAAUUGUACGUCUGCAACUACGGUCCGGCUGGUAACGUCCAAGGUCAACAGCCGUACAUCACCGGACGGCCGGCGUGUGAACAUCACGGCCUGCACAAAUCUCACACCUAUCCGGGGUUGUGUUCCGCCCCAGCAGAUCCUUCCUCCACCCAUCAUCACGACAAUGUGAUUCCUCAGAAUUAUUAUUCUUAUCAAGCCUCAUCAAAUAGUCAUGAGAAUCAACACUACACCUCGGCCUCGUCCGCUCCGGUGGCCGUCUACACGACAGCCCCGGUCACUACGGUGCAGCACCAGCAACCCUACGACAAUCAUAUCUUGUACAACCUUGUAUUUGAUCAACACAAACAUCAGCAGCAGCAGCAGCAGCAGCAGCAGCAUCAUUAUCAGACGACACAGCAUCAGCAAACAACGUACCAUCACCUGCCGGUGUCAUCUCCGACCUCCACCGCCAUCUUCAGGCCCAGCAACAUCUUCAAGUCACCGUUGCUGUCCUACCGGUGGGAUUUGCUGUUCAAUUUCCUGCACUAGAGACCAGAACGACUUCCUCCGUCAGGCCAGCAGAAGAGAUUUGCCAUGGAAGCAAAAGAAAAGGGUUAAGGAGAUUACCGGGGAAGCAUCUUUUCCCACCGAAAAUUGUCUGUGUCCACUUUUUAAUGCUAGUCUUGAAACUCACUCAACCUUCUAGACCGUGCUGGACGUGUGCUCAUCACAGCACAGAGUGGAUUUUCCCUCGUAGAUAAUACAAAAAAAGAUGAAAGUGAUAGCCCUUGAGAGAAGUUCAGAGAAGGGGUUUCCGGAGCAGAUUUUUCUGCUAAACGGAGGUCAGUGAUGUAGUUCCUGAAUGGACAAACGAAUGAUUAGAUAUACCAAUCUUGGGUCAGAUAUUCAUCAGACGAACCUUUGAUUCAUGAAACAAUUUCGUGUUCUGUUUACCUUUUUGUACAACACUUGGGAUGAAUCUGUUAAAUCUAAAUAUUUAAAACAAAACAUGUUAAAUCAAGCAAACUUAAACUGAACCAAAAAUUCAAAAAAAAAAAAAUCGGCAAAAUGGAUCGUGCCCAAAAUACUGCUUAACUCAACCCCGGUAGUUGGUCACUUUUUCGUUUGACACUUUUUAGUUUGUGACAACAAUUGGUGUCAAACCUACGGGGUUUGAGUGUAUAUUGAGGAUUCUACUUAAAACCAUAAAACUCGAUUUCAAUACCCGAAUAUAUAACGAAAACCAUAUUUUUGGAAGUUCUAACCAAAUCUCGGGAAAGUAAACAUAAUGGACAGCUAAACAGAGCUUGUUUGUUAUUGUUAACAUUUCAUGCACAACGAAACGCGUUUUUCUCGAAACGUCAAAAAAGACUUAUGCGACAAGAUAGCAAAAGCGACGAUUUGUUCAUAAAAGAAAUCAAGCAAAACAAUGUAAAAGGACCGAAGCCGAAGU